AUGACGGGCGAAAGACGAUGGACGAGUGACGACAGACGAAGGAUGAUGGACGGCGGGCGACAGACGACGGACGAUAGACAACGGACGACAGACGACGAUCGACAAACGACGGACAACGGACGACGGACGACAGAUGACGAACGACAGACGACGAAUAACAGACGACGAACGACAGACAAGGGACGACAGAUGACGGACGACAGACGAUGGACGAGUGACGACAGACGAAGGAUGACGGACGACAGACGACGAACGAAAGACGAUGAACGACAAACGACAGACAAGGAACGACAGCUGACGGAUGACGGACGGCAGACAACGGACGACAGACGACGAACGAAAGACGAUGAACGACAAACGGCGGACGACAGACGACGGAUAACAGGCGACAGACGACGGAUAACGGGCGACAGGCGACAACGACAGACAACGGACGAUGGACGUUGGACGAAGACGACGGAUGACGGACGGCGGGCGCGCGACAGACGACGGAUGACGAACGACGGGCGACAGACGACAGACGACAAACGACGGACGACUGACGCUGCGGUAUGCAAUACAAUCAACAACAACAAUAAACAAAGGAAUAGAAAGGACAUGGUUAGUUCUUCCUUGCUAAUUAGAAACUUAGAUGGCGCUUUUUCGUCCUGA